CCCACAACCCUCAACCUCCACAACCGCAUCCGCCGUCGACCCGAUCUCGGUUUUACCAAACAUCGCGCUUUAUAUAACAGAACCACCGCAGCUCUUCUACUGCUGUCUGUCCACCACCAGCGCCACCAGCGCCACCAGCGCCCUAUACUACAGGAUGAGAUUGCACGCUGAUCAUUUUGCGGCAUUUCUGAUGCUGGUCGCAUCUUCGUCACCAGUUCUAGGGGUAGAUCUCGGCAAGAUACAGGCAAUCACGGCAUCCUCCGCCUUCGAUGAUUUUGCACGGAGCCAGUCGGCAUACUCAGCGGCGUCAAGUUGGUACAACGACCGUCUUUCGUAUGAUGCCGCUGAAGGCUCCACGGCGCCGUACGUCGCUUGUGCCGACUACAAGCAGGGUCGCCACGCCUUGACAUCCUUGGAGACUGCUUUCACCAAAUCCGCCGUCCACCGCGUCUCCAACACCGAGGCUGACGGAACCUGCUUCAUCGUGACAGCCUUGCCGUCUUCUGCCACCGCCGUGAUCCGCGCUCCUGAGGACUUCGAUCUACUCAGCGCGGCCCCGCUGCUGCCCUCGCUGAAGCUUGCCACCAGCCUGCUUGACCACGGCCCCGACACAUCACCGCGCCUGGGCGCCGCCGAUGACUUCGACCUCUCCGACCACUCGGCACCACUGCGAUCGACCUACGGCGAAGGUAUGACCCUCGACAAUGUUCAUGGCUUGAGCGUGAGACUCUCUCCGGGUGUUCUCACUGCUGGUGGUCGUGAAUCCUUCGCUGAGGCCUUUCUUCGCGACUGGCAUGCCGACCUCACGUCUGAAAGCGUGAACAUGAGGCGGGCGAGCUUCUGGUCUGACUCUGAUGCAGACCGGAGCGAGUACGAUGUAACGCGUGUCCGAGAGUGGAGCAGAGCAGCGGCUGUGGUUGAUGGCUUGGCAUCGAAGAGCGCUCGGACAGUCGGAGAGAUCUGCGGGUUCGGGAAGCUCAAACUGCGCCAUGUUGCCGACGACCUCGUGCUUGUGGAAGGUAUGAACCACCUUCUGCCGGGCAAGAGAUUCCCUUCAGAGACCAGAACGGCGUGCUACAUGGGGCUGCUUUCACAGCUGGCGGCCAAGCCUGAGGUUCUUCGCGUCUCCCCCCUUCAAUCGGCCAGACUCCACAACGCUGUGGCCAAUGCGUUGGUGCAGAGCGCUACCACGACCGAAACGCCGCUCCUCGAUGCUGGAUUGGACGGCACUGGCGAAGUCAUCCAGGUGGUAGACUCUGGGUUGGAUGAAACAUCGUGUUUUUUCGCGGACGAUGACGGACUCCAAGUUGAGCACGGCUUCUUGUUCGACGGUGUUCGAGUAGAAGACGAUGGCAACGUGUCGACGGUGCUGGGAAACUACUCUUUCCCGUUCGACAUGUCACGCCGUAAGAUCGUGCAGUACAUCCAGCUGUUCAAGACGCCCGACCAAGGCAGCACCUCUAGCGGGCAAGACUCUUUCACCUAUGUCAGCGACUACCUCGGCGAUCCCUACGACUACGAUGACAGCGAGUACAUCUCGUACGAUGACUACAGCGGGGAGUAUUACUCCGAUACUUGGAGCGAAGACUCCUUCUGUGCAGGAGUUCUUGACGAUUUGUCGUACCACUUUAGCUACCUCUUUGACGAUACUUCAUACUCCUCUUCUUCCACUUCACCGUCCUUCACCGGUGGGUUCCACAAAGACACUGUUGGCGGCCACGGCACGUGGACGGCCGGUAGCGCGGCGGGGGCUAUUUCGGCCCAAUCCAUCCUCGAAGAAGAGGCUUGCUACGGUGACGAACUUCCUGGGUGUGCCGGUGGCUGCAUAUCGGCUUCAGACGUCGACGCCAUGCUCGACGACAGCACUUUCGACCUCGACGUCUUCUGCCCCAUGUACACCUGCGACGGGAAUACCGAUAUUCCUUCCUCUGAAUGCCUCAGCGAUGAUCCAGUUGAAAAUCUGCAUCAACACGGCGGUGUAGCCCCCGGGGCACAGAUCUCCGUGUUUGACGUUUCGUACGUAGGAACCGAGAUUUAUGCUUCAUUCGCGGGAAACGAUUUAUGGUACUCGGCGAUGGAGACGGGCGCGAAAAUCCACACCAACUCAUGGGGUGGAGCUACGCUUUGCCAACUCACUGAAGACGAGUAUUUGUACGACACCUUUAUGUAUGAGAAUCCCGAGCACCUGUUGAUAUUCGCUGCGGGAAACGACGGCGGGUAUGAAGACAUCCCCAACCGCGAGGCCUGCACAGUUGGAUCUCCUGCCCUCGGCAAGAACAGUCUAGCUGUGGGAGCCACGUCCUCUGGUCCUUUUCCAGGAACCCGAACCGGAGACGACGGGAACUUGGUUUACGAGGAGCUCGGCCUGACCGACUAUUCUCCCGAGGGAUACCCCUGGAUUUGCUUGACGCCUUUUCUGGGGACGCCGUCCGCAUCGACGGAGCCAGCGGGGGUCGAUACUGUCGCGUUUUUCAGCUCGCAGGGUCCUACCCUAGAUGGGCGAAUCAAGCCUGACGUCGUUGCUCCUGGGGAUCAGGUGGCCUCCGCAUCAAGUGACGGGACCGAUGGACACAGCUGCAAACUGGUCGCCUCUAUGGGGACCUCCGCUUCCUGCCCCCUGGUCGCCGGUGCCGCUGCCCUGGUUCGGCAGUACUUCAAGGAUCCGUCGUUUUUCGCCAAGGAUGUAGUGUCUCGGGGGGGCUGUGCUGAACAUUCUUCGUCCUGCCAGUGCUCUGAGUUCGCCCCUUCUGCGGCGACCGUCAAGGCCAUGAUCAUCAACAGCGCGCACCUGAUGGGUGGCAGCAGUGAACCCAACGGUGUUCGUGGUUUUGGCCGAGUACACCUCGAGGCGGGCAUGCCUAUGGACGGCGUCGGUGAAACCGGCCUUUCCGUUGUCGAAGCAGCCAUCGCUGACGGCGAAAUUACCGAGCUGGUCACGGUCGACGGAGAUGCUGGAGUGGAACUUCGAGCAACGCUCGCCUGGCUCGACCCCCCAACGACAGCAUUGUCGGCCAAGCAGCUUCAGCACGACCUUGACCUACAUGUGAUAGCCCCAAGCGGUGCCAAGUACACCAUGUGGGAAUCGGGCGUAGAUGACACCGUCAAUGUGGUGGAGCGUGUGAUCGUGCCAGUUGAAUCGAUGGAGAGUGGCGUGUGGAGCGUAGUCGUGUCGGCCAAGGCACUGCUUACCGAUGAACAGUUGUACUCGUUGGUGGUGACGGGGGCUAUCUACAGCUCCAAGUAG